GGGCAGCCUCGACUGUCUCUCUGACUCUCGGGCCGGGGAAGUGCCCGGGGGAGGCCUUUGUUUUGAGGGAGGGGCCGCGCCUGCCUCUAACUGCGGCCCGCGCGUCCCGCCUCCUGCGCGGGGCCGAGCGCGGCGCCCCGUGUGUCCGCCGGGUCUGCGAGCCGCACCGACGCCUGCUGGGGACUGCCGGCGGCGCGCUCCCAGCGAGGCUGGCGCCGGGUCCCUCUGCGCUCCAUCGCUCUCCCUUUGUGUCCGCGCCGGGAACGGCCCUGCUGGGCCCCCCUCGGCGAGCGUGCGCGCCGCCGCGUCCGGCCCGGUCCCCGCGUCGCGCACCCCGCGCGCACGGGAAAUGCUUCGCGGACGCGCAGCGGAGACCCGGACGAACCGCGGCUGGGGCCUCGGAGGCGUCCCUGGCUGACAGCUGUAGGCGGCGGAGACGCCCCGUGCCCUGUCCGCCGCCCCGCCCCUCCGGCGUCCGGCGGGCACCAGGGGGCUCCGCCCGCGCAGGCUCGGGGACGGACAGGUGGGCGGUCCGGGCCGCUGGCGCCGCUUCCUCGUAGGGACCGCGCGCCUCCUCCUCCUCCUCCCGACGGUUUCGCUUUCAGUUCCCUUUUUUUUUUUUCUGGACGAAGCGCUCAGGCCUGGGAGGCGGGCGGCACGAAGACUGCACGGCGGGGCCCGCCCCUCGGAUGCACCGCCUCACAGAGAGAUGAAGGGGCAGCAGAAAACAGCUGAAGCGGAAGAGGGCACGGUGCAGAUCCAGGAAGGUGCAGUAGCAACUGGGGAGGACCCCACCAGUGUGGCCAUCGCCAGCAUCCAGUCCGCGGCCACCUUCCCUGACCCCAACGUCAAGUACGUCUUCCGAACUGAGAAUGGGGGCCAGGUGAUGUACAGGGUGAUCCAGGUGUCUGAGGGGCAGCUGGAUGGCCAGACUGAGGGGACUGGCGCCAUUAGUGGCUACCCUGCCACUCAGUCCAUGACCCAGGCGGUGAUCCAAGGGGCGUUCACCAGUGAUGACGCAGUUGACGCGGAGGGGACAGCGGCCGAGACGCACUACACGUACUUCCCUGGCACUGCCGUGGGAGAUGGGGCUGCGGGGGCCACGUCGGGUAGCACUGCAGCGGUCGUCACCACGCAGGGCUCCGAGGCGCUGCUGGGACAGGCCACGCCCCCCAGCACUGGCCAGUUCUUCGUGAUGAUGUCGCCACAGGAAGUGCUGCAGGGAGGAAGCCAGCGCUCCAUCGCCCCCAGGACCCACCCUUACUCCCCGAAGUCAGAAGCCCCCAGGACGACGCGGGACGAGAAGCGCAGGGCUCAGCAUAAUGAAGUGGAGCGGCGCCGCCGGGACAAGAUCAACAACUGGAUUGUGCAGCUGUCCAAGAUCAUCCCGGACUGCUCCAUGGAGAGCACCAAGUCGGGCCAGAGUAAAGGCGGGAUCCUGUCCAAGGCCUGCGACUACAUCCAGGAGCUUCGGCAGAGCAACCACCGGCUGUCCGAGGAGCUGCAGGGGCUCGACCAGCUGCAGCUGGACAACGAUGUACUCCGCCAGCAGGUGGAAGACCUCAAAAACAAGAACCUGCUGCUCCGAGCCCAGCUGCGGCACCACGGCGUGGAGGUGGUCAUCAAGAACGACAGCAACUGACUGGGUGUCCCUGUCUUGGAACGGCAGAAAGCCCUGGAGCCCCGGGCUCCCCCUGCGCCCCCUUCCUUCGCUGCCCAUUUCCGGCAAGAGACCGGGAGGAGUUCAGGGGGCAGGCCCCGCCAGCAGCGGACAGCGGUGUGAAACCCGGGACUGCCCUGCCAGCCCGGCCCCGGGCGCCCUGCAGCCCCAGCCCCCUUGCACAGACCCCGCGCAGUCGGGGUGGACACUGGACCCACCGAGUGGGGUUUGUCUGGUGCGGGCUUCCGGUACCGGCAGGGGGCCUGCUGACGGGUGACCCUGGCGGCCCUGACGGCGCUUCUGCGGCCCCGUCUCCCUGGAGCUCAGCUGUGCCCCCGAGGGCGCCAGGGAACCGGCUUCCGCACGCGGCGGGGGAAAGCAGCGGGCGCUGCGGCGGGAAGAGGCGAGGCGGGUGGGCGGCAGGGAGACGUGCACAGAAGUCCAGGGAGGACCAGAGACGGCCCGCGUGCGGCCUUUCCCCUCGGGGGACGGUUUCCCCUCUUUUUCUUUUUUUAAACAUAAAAUGCAGAGCCACA